UGAAAAAAAUCUGUGCAAAAUUGUCUAUGACUCCAUCACAUGACCACUUUAUUUUGUUCCCGUGAUCAACUUUAGAAAAUUCAAAAAUAUUAACGCGCAAUGGCCAAAGUGGAAAUAAUUGACAUCCUCGAACACUCUCUAGAUAGCAGUGGUGAUAACGAACAUAUACUGGGCUUGAUUGGCGACGAAGCAUACGAGAAUACAGACAGAACACAAAUAAUUGCCCAGCCGAUUAUAGAUGGGGCUGAGGAAGAUAGCUCAAGUUAUAGCUUCAAAGAUAUGUCUGGCAGUACAUACAAGUUAGUACAAAUCCCAGACAAGCAGCUUACAAAUAAUAUGUCUUCCCGUUCUCCUGCAAAUGGAUUACCCGGUGGGGAGUUCUAUGUUAUAAGUAAUCCUGUUGAGGUGUUUGGUACAACAGCCACACAGAAGAAAGUAAUAAGAAGGCAGCCGCCUAUAGAGAAAACAAUUACAAAAAAGAGAGAUGAUAAACGACGAGCCACUCACAACGAAGUGGAGAGACGUCGCCGGGACAAGAUCAACUGUUGGAUCGGCAAGCUGGCUGCUCUCAUACCCAACUCAGGGCUGCCCGACACCAACAGCAAGGGCGGCAUACUGGCAAAAGCGUGCGACUACAUCACUGAGCUCACAGAGAAACAGAAAAAGUUAGAAAGACUGGAAGUGGACAAGGAGAAACUGGUGCUGGAAAUAUAUAGGCUAAACGAAGAGCUCACCGAACUGAGGAACGAGAACUCAUCAAUGCGACUGCAGCUUGCGGACAACUGCAUAGUGACCAGCCAUCGGCAGAAAGGUCAGAGGUCCUAGUCGCUGAUAGUUAAUGGACAGUAAAAUUUAACUAAUCUAUGUCACACUGUUCAAGACUUGAAAUGUGUAAUAUUUUCUUCCUUUCUCUGUCGGAGAUCAGUCAGACCAUAAUCCGAACAAAUGACUGCUUAGUAUGUUGUUUCAGGCUCUGCAAAUCCACCGCAGACCAAUUAUUGUAUUGGACCUGCCUCGCUAUACGUUACUUUUCUGUCAAAGUAUAUGAUCAACGAUCUAAUGCGAUUAUAAAAACUGUCUCUAGAAUCGAUGGUAAAUAGUUGUAAUUGUGUUCGUCGAUUAAAGAGCUCCUUAAAAAUGUUUUUGUAAAGUUGAAUGGUGUAAAAAACUGGCAACUUCUAGUUUAGUAUAAGAUAUAUACCAAAUCGAAGCGCGUUUUCCUCAGAAAAUGACAGACAAUUUUGUCCGUGACUAUGAGUGUGAUACAGGUCCUUCUAUAAUUGGUCUGAGACAUCCACUGAUGUAGCGUCCCUCCAGGAAUGAGUAUUUAUUACUAUACUAUGUUAGCCAGUCGUGUCCGUUUCAGGCGGAAUUUACGAUCCCUGACGUCUAACAAUUUGCAGGGUUAUUAUGUAACUCGGUGUACCAUUCAAGUAAUCAGUCACUGCAUCGCUUUUCAUCGUAUUUUCGUUUUUGCAGUCAUCUAAUAUUGUGUUUUCAACGAAAUGACACAAUUAUCGUCAUUUUAAUUAUCGUCAUAAAAUAACAUUAGUGUAGUAGUGAUAGUAACGUUAUUUUAACGAAAAACUGAUAUUUACGUAAUUUCGUUGAAAUAAUCAUGUUAGAUGAUCGUAGAAACAAAAAAACGUUAGCACUUAAUGUAAAAUAGUGCAGUCAAGCUUAUUUCGUUGAAAUAACUAUAUUAAAUCAUCAAAUAAUAUUUACGUAAAAUUUUUGCAGCCGAAACAACACAUUAGCAAGUGACGUCAUUCAUAGAGAUAAUAGCGUGGUUGGCGUUUGCAGUGAUGUGAUAUAUGACGUCACCGCAAGCGCCAAUCACAAACCGGCGCCUUGUAGCGAAUGACGUCACAGUUUUAUGAUUGGCGUUUGCGGUGACGUGAUAAAAAUACAAUUUUGUUUAGUAAAAAUAUUACAAUUACGAGAUUAUUUUCACAAAUAAAAAUGUGAUUAAAGUUUCUAGGCAUCUAAACUGCCUAUAUGCAAAAAAUAUUCUUAGUUUUAAACAGCAGGCGAGUAGCCUAUUCCUUGAUUAACACAAUUAAGACACGUAUUCUUGCUAUGGUGAACAGGGUAGCCGUGAUAGCCAAGUGGAUAUGACCUCUUCCUCCGAUUUCCGGAGGGUGUGGGUUCGAAUCCGGUCCGGGGAUGCACCUCCAACUUUUCAGUUGUGUGCAUUUUAAAUAAUUAAAUAUCACGUGUUUCAAACGGUGAAGGAAAACAUCGUGAGGAAACCUGCAUACAAGAGAAUUUUCCCAAUUCAUUGGGCCAGCGUGGUGGACUAUUGGCCUAACCCCUCUCAUUUUGAGAGGAGACUCGAGCUCAGCAGUGAGCCGAAUAUGGGUUGAUAAUGGUGAGCUUGAACAGUGUGCCAUUUACAAGUGGUGACCAUUUUAGAAAUAACAAAGUAUAACUGUAUCGUGAUGUUCAUGAAACGGUGCUGAGUUGAAUGUGUAGCAAAUAAGUAUGUGUCGCGUAAUUAUGUAUAGUGUAUUGUAUAGAUUGGUUAUUGGUUAUAUUGAUGUUAUUGUACCAUUAUUGUUGAAAUUAUUAUUAUUUACAGCUUUGAUGGUAAUGUUAUAAGCAAUCAAACUUCGUUAUUCAUCAUUCUUUUUUACUUGUGUGUGAGAUCAUCUGAAUUAAUCCAAUUAAAUGAUUGCGUUUGAACGUUUUAGGAAAAGUAAGUGAGAAUAUCUAAAUUCAAUCCUGUAAAAGUAAACUUGAACUAUAUAUGGAAUUGAAAUAGCGCCAUCUAAUUAUGGAUUGUGUUACCUACGCUAUCUAGUCUAAUUAAUUUGAAGUUAAAAGUUAUGUGGAAUAAGACAGCGCAAUCUAGCUAACACGAGAGAAUGAUAGACAUGUUAACUCACACUCCUGCACAUUUAUUGAUGUAGCGUUGUAUGAUAUAUUUUCAAAAAAGCUCUUCUUCUAAAAAAAUUCUCGAUAGAUUCUAACCUGCAGAUAGAAAGUUUAUGAUGUUAAGUCAAGUAUUACGAAUAUACGUUUAUUACAAUUAAUUGUCACGCAUGCUUACGUAAACAUUCUUACAUGCUUUUUUUUGAACUUGUAAGAAUUUUCGAAAACGCGUUUCGUUUUCAGACAUAGACAGAGUGUGGGUUGGCAUGUUUAAACAGUAGUAAAUAUCUAUAUUAGCCCAGCAGGGUUAUUAUGUAACUCGGUGUACCAUUCAAGUAAUCAGUCACUACAUCGUUUUUCAUUGGUGUAGUGACUCAUUGUUUGAAUGGUUCACUGAGAUACAUAAUAAGGGCGCAGAUCCCCUCCUAUGUAACACAGUUGAAGGCCGGAGUAUGUAGUGGGCCAUUCAAAGGGACUGACAUUAAUGACUGCACACUAAAAUAGCAUUACUAUCUAAGUAAAUAUCAUGUAUUGUUUAGUUACGAAAUUUUUCGUUUUGCGGUAUGAAAUGAAACUUUUGUAAUAAUUUGUUAUAUUAAAACAAUCAAUCAUAACAUAAUAUGUUGUGUAAUCUGCCAUUUCGUUUGGCGACGUUGUCUUUUUGUCAAAUAUCUAAGUAUGAUAAUUAUUUCAGUGAACAAUUUCGCUUUAAAUUAUAUGUUGUACAUUGCAGUGUUUAAAAGUAUGGAGGUGGUAAAAAUAGUAGAAUAUGUAUUAUCGUACACAGAAAAAUUAAAAACCUCAUUGUCUUAUGAAACAAAAUUUCUGAUCAAUGAAAUUUAAUUUCGCCAUCUCCACACUAACGGUCAUAUUUAUAAACAUGGAUUAAGAUUUAAACCUCAAUUAUGUUCAAAGUAAAGUGGACCUAACCACUACUAUUUAUAGUUUACUUUACUGUGAAGUAAAUUAAUGCUUAAAUUAAAAUCCAUGUUUAUAAAUAUGGAUGUGAAUGGGUUUCAAUGUUAAUUUAUUAUCUCUCCAGGUAUGGUCUUUUAAAAUCUACUACUGAUAGUCUAGAAUAGAAGCCGGGCAAAGUUUUUGCACUAGAUUACUGUAGUCCAGCCGCUCAGAGAUUGCGAUUCUGCCACCUGUCAAUGUCAUCUUUUUAUAUUUGUUAACUAAUUGUUAAUAACUUUAGCCUAAAAUUAAAACGUUUAUUGUAAGUUGGCAUAAUUAUUCAAUUUUUAAUGUUAGUAAGAGAUAUAUAAAAUUUUGCCGUCAGUUUGAAGUUACAUCGCCCAUUCGAUCAUGAGAAACGCAAUCUCUGAGCGGCCGAACUUUUAAAAUCUAAUCUAAUUUUCUGUGAGAGGAUGAACCUAUGAUUUUUUCCCCUUCAUAGUUCUCCACUGCCGUGGCUAACAGGGGUACAGGGAAAUUAGCUUGAUUUUAAUUAAUUGUAAAAAAACCCCCGUUCUUGGACUAACACAUACUUAAGUUAGAUUAUUGGAAACAACUAUAUAGAUUAUUUACAAGUAGUCAAUAAAAGAUAUUACUGUACAAAAAUAUAAUAGUUAUAACUUAUACCGGGAGACAUUAAUCGAAUUUACGAGGCAGCAAUAAUGUACAAUGCAUUAUAAUGUGUAUAAAAGUUGAUGUAGUUACGCGUAUUGUAUAUUAAUUUACUCAGUAUCAGGAACUGCUAGACUAUUUAAUCAUGAUCACGUUCGCGUAAUGUAAGGCGAUGUUAUGUAAUAGACUAAGAAAUCCAAAAGUAACUACUUAAUAUACUCUUAAAAAAGACAAUGUCUUUCAAUAUGGUACAGUUAAAUUUUAAUUUAUUGAAAGACUAGCGGACCCGGUCAAGCUUCGCUUUAACUUAUGUGCACUUCUUCCCUAUCCUGCACUACCCUACUCCUGCCCCUACCCCUACCCUACCCUAGCCUACCCCUAUUUCUUGAGUCUUAAAAGUUGCUUUUCUAUACCUCCACAAAAAUUUCAAGACCAAGAUAAGAUAAAUCUGCACAGCCGUUCUCGAGUUUUAGCGAGACUAACGAACGGCAACGCGUACCCACAUCAAAUGAAAAAAAAAAUAGAUUUUAGCUCAGAAAAAUUAAAUUAUGGAUUUCAAAUGUAACUUCCAUGUUAGAUAUAAUGUUAUUUAUUUGUAUUAUUUUAAUUUUAAUUUAAUUUGUUAAGGUUCGCAAUAAGUGUUUAGACUCACUUAUUAAGUAUGUCACCCGAACAGAAAGUUAUCUGGCCCGGAUUGUCCGGCCGCUCUGAUAGUGCGUUUGCACACCCAUUAAUGUCAAUGACAUAUUUAAAAUCUAUUAUUAACCUUUAAUUAACAUUAAAAAUUAAAUUGUUAUACCAACUUAUUAAUAAACGUAUUAAUUUUAGGCUAAAAUUAUUGACAAUUAAUUAACAAAUGUAAAAAGGUGACAUUGACAGGUGUCAGGAACGCAAUCUCUGAGCGGCCGGACUUAAGUGUACUGUUUUUCAAAAUGGCGACCGCUGCGACGUCAGUUCUUUGAGACAAAAAUAUACGAGUAAUACAGACAUAGAUCGAGGGCCGUCUCUGAGGAGUCGUUAAGCCCAUCUCUUCUGCUUCUGCCUUCAAACCCCAUCAGGCGAUGCUUCUGUGACAUCUCUGAGGUCCCAAUAAGGAGCCUACGCCACUACACAAUCAGGAGAAAAAAACUGACUGUAGAUCGGUCUUAAAUGUUUAUACGAAACCGAACAAUUAAUGCCGGCUCCACAUUAGUGCCGUGGAUUCUCGCCAUGAAUUCACAAUCGUUUGAAACCGGCCGCGAAAUGGAAGUAGAAUCUGCUGCAGUAAUAAUUUCAAACGAUUGUGAGCAUCCAGUGAAUGUGGAGGGCAUGGACUCGUGCCGAGAAUUCAUGCCGAGAAUUCGCGCGUGAAUUCACGGCACUAAUGUGGAGCCGGCUUUGGAUCUCAAAACGGGAAGAUAAAGCGUAUGCAACAACCAUAAAGAUUACAAAUUGUUUUUAAAGACUAAAGUUUACUAUAGGCGAAGGUUUUGUUGUAAACAGCCUACAAAAUGUAUUUUUAGUUAGACCCUUGUACAUUAUAAUUAUAAAUUAGUUUACGUGAUAUGGAAAUUAUUGUAAACUCCUAUUAUGAGUUUGUUUUAGUGAAGCGCUAAUUUUAUGAACCAGUAGUUUUACGUAAAAUAAUUUUGUACAGAGAAAUAAAAUGAAAUAAAUUAAAAUUAAAA